CUCUCCCUUUGAGCAAAGGGGGGGAGUUUUAGGCAAGCUCUGGAAAGGGGGUGACGGGCACCUACUUCCGCGUGGCUUCAUGCUCUUUAAUAGGCAUGUGCAAGCCGCUCGCACAUGCCCAUUUAGGCUUGAGACUGGCCAGUUUCUGCUGCCGCACCGGCAAGACCGCUGAAGCAACAUCGGCGGAGAUAGAAACAGGCAGUCAGGGAGGUGAAAAGGGACUCAGACAGACCGACCGACCGAGAGAAAGAGGAGGGGGCAGGAGAGAGCGAGCAGGAGGAGAAAAGGAGGAAUCGCCUAGACGUUUCUGGCUACCAACCAGCAAAUCCUCGCUAUGCGCUGACCCAGAGAGACAAUAGGGUGGCACCGAUGAAAUACACUAAAUUGUAUCUCUGUGCCCAUCCUCUUGGAACACAAUGGCAGCCGCGUUCGCCUGCGUGGGGAUAAGUCCUGUACGCAACGUAGAUCUUCGGGGACCCCUGCCCAGGUGAGGCCGCAAACUUUGCCAUGCGACAGGUAGCAGCGCAGCGCCCGUUCCCCGCCUGCUCUUCUGACUCCAGCGGGCUGCUCUGUCGCUGGGAUGGUGCACGCCGGCGGCGCGGACAUGGACUUGAGGAAGCAUCAGGUCCUCUUCUUUAAAAUAGAAACCCUGAGGUAGGCGGGCAGAAGGGAAGGUCCCCUUUCCUGCCUCUCGAGGCUAUUCGUCCCUGGCCCUUCGCAGCCGCCAACCUUGACCUCGGGCGAAGUUCCCCGCACCUGGACGUGCGCCUGUAGGGUCAGACUUGGUGCAGCCCUUCACCCCCUUGGGGUCAUUCGCUCGGCAAAGACGUGCACUAGCCGGGGCAGAUGGGUCGGGAAGGCACCGCUCCGCCUGGCUGCAGGGGCUGAGCCACCUGGGCAUUGGCUUGGAGACAUUUGUUCCACUCCACCACUGGCAUGGGAAAGCCGGGGGGAAAACUGCCCCUGAACUCCGGCGGCGGUGGCGGCGUGUGCUUUGAAACGGCGCGUUUCUCCCACGGGGGCUUUUUCGACUGAGGAAGAGGCGAGUCUCUUUCCUGUCGUCGCCUCGAGGCGCGGCUGCGGGAGGAGAUCCGUUCAUUCAGUUCUGCAGGUGUGUAAUCGGCCGUAGCCUCGAGAUCUCCUGUGGAUCUACAAGAGCAGCGACCGAGGCAAAGCAGAGGAUCCAGGUUGCUUUCUGGGGCUGCUCGCGCGGGCGAUCGCUUCAUUAUUUUUCCCUCCCUCCCCCCGUCCCCCGCCCCCCGCCCCCCAUCCUUGCCUCUGUCUCUUCUCUGCUGUGAGCCGGGGAGUGGGCGCACGACUGAGAUUAGUCAGCAAGUGUCUCUUACCUCCCCCCCACGAUCCCCACCCCCCUUCACCCCACUCCUGGAGGGGGAAAAAUCCCACCCACUUGGUUUGGCAGAUCAAGCGGCGGCCAAAAGACACAAAGAAAUCGCGGUUGCCACCAAUAAGACCGUGUGGUUUCCUUCCUCGCCUUCCCCCGGAGAGUCUUUGUUGCCGUUUAAAGUCAGACAAUGAGGCGCCGGGAAACUCCCCUGGAGGGAGGCAAACAGCGUUAGCGCCCAGGGCGCACCCACGGAGCGGGGAGAGCUGCCCGCCCGCCCGGUCAAUUGCAGCCCGGAGGGGGAAGUGCCGCGUGGCCAGGCUCCCCGAUGGUUUUGCCUGGGCUCUGGGAGAGCUUCAGAUUCCACCGCGCGCGCCUCGCCCUCCUGAGCUGCUUCUGCACUAGGAUGUUGCGGCAGGUCUUGCACAGAGGGCUGAGAACGUCUUUCGCCAGACUCGGCCACUUCGUUGCCAGCCACCCGGUCUUCUUCGCCUCUGCACCUGUGCUCAUCUCCAUCUUGCUGGGGGCCAGUUUCAGCAGGUACCAGAUCGAAGAGAGCGUCGAGUACCUGCUGGCCCCCAAACACAGCCUGGCCAAGAUAGAGAGAAACCUGGUCAACAGCCUCUUCCCCGUCAACCGGUCCAAGCACCGUCUCUAUUCUGACCUGCAGACCCCAGGGAGAUACGGCAGGGUCAUCAUCACCUCCUUUGUGAGGGCAAAUAUGCUGGACCAACACCACACCGACCUGAUCUUAAAGCUGCAUUCCGCUGUGACCAGGAUCCAAGUACAAAGACCUGGUUUCAAUUAUACAUUUGCCCAUAUCUGCAUCCUAAAUAAUGACAAGUCUUGCAUAGUGGAUGAUAUCGUGCAUGUCCUGAAGGAACUGAAGGCUGCUCGCUUGUCUAAUCAAACUAAUUUUGCUAUCACAUAUCCCAUCACGCACUUAAAGGAUGGCAGGGAAGUGUACAAUGGGCAUCAGCUUGGUGGUGUCACUGUGCACAGCAAAGACCGAGUGAAAUCUGCAGAAGCUGUUCAGCUCACCUACUACUUGCAGGCAAUCAACUCCCUGAAUGACAUGGUGGCAGAAAAAUGGGAAUCCAAUUUUUGCAACACUGUCCAGCUUUUCCAGAAAUCCAACCCAAAUGUCACAAUGUAUCCCUUCACGUCAUCUUCUCUUCAAGAGGACUUCCAGAAGACAAGCAGGGUAUCAGAACGUUACUUGACCACAAGCCUGGUCCUUGUUGUCACGUUGGCCAUGCUCUGCUGUUCCAUGCAAGACUGUGUCCGCAGCAAACCUUGGCUUGGCCUCCUUGGGUUGCUAACUGUGAGCUUGGCCACUCUGACUGCAGCUGGAAUCAUUAAUCUGACUGGUGGGAAAUACAAUUCUACCUUCUUGGGAAUUCCCUUCAUCGUGUUAGGUCAUGGAUUAUAUGGAACUUUUGAAAUGUUGUCCUCCUGGAGGAAAACUAGAGAAGACCAACAUGUAAAAGAGAGAACAGCAGCUGUAUUUGCAGACUCCAUGCUCUCCUUCUCUCUCACCACUGCCAUGUACCUGGUUACUUUUGGAAUAGGUGCCAGCCCCUUCACUAACAUUGAAGCAGCCAGGAUCUUCUGCUGCAAUUCCUGUAUUGCAAUUUUCUUCAACUACCUCUAUGUACUCUCCUUUUAUGGUUCCAGCCUCGUGUUUACUGGCUAUAUAGAAAAUAACUACCAGCAUAGUAUCUUCUGCAGAAAGGUACCAAAGCCAGAGGUAUUGCAAGAGAAACCUGCUUGGUAUAGGUUCCUUCUGACAGCCAAAUUCAGCGAGGACACAACAGAGUCAGAGGAGACAAACAGUUAUGAAAGUCACCUUUUGGUGUGUUUCCUCAAGCGUUAUUACUGUGAUUGGAUAACGAACACUUAUGUCAAGCCUUUUGUAGUUCUCUUUUACCUAAUUUAUAUUUCCUUUGCCUUAAUGGGCUACCUGCAGGUCAACGAAGAGUCAGACCUUAGUAACAUUAUAGCUACUGCGACACGAACCAUGGAGUAUACUGCUGCUCAGCAGAAAUACUUCAGUAAUUACAGCCCUGUCAUUGGGUUUUAUAUCUAUGAAUCAAUAGAAUACUGGAACAUGACCGUUCAAGAUGACAUGCUAGAAUACACCAAGGGGUUUGUGAGGAUAUCUUGGUUUGAGAGCUACUUAAAUUACCUUAGAAAACUCAACAUAUCAACUGGAUUACCGAGAAAGAAUUUUACAGAUAUGUUGAGAAACUCCUUUUUGAAAACCCCUCAGUUUGCUCAUUUUUCAGAGGAUAUCAUUUUCUCCAAGAAGUACAACGAAGUUGAAGUUGUAGCCUCUAGAAUGUUCUUGGUGGCUAAGACAAUGGAAACCAAAAGAGAAGAGCUUUACCGCCUCCUGGAAACCUUAAGAAAGCUCUCUCUCAAAUCUAAGGUUAAAUUCAUUGUUUUCAACCCCUCAUUUGUAUACAUGGAUCGUUAUGCCUCAUAUGUGGGGGCCCCUUUGCAGAACUCCUGCAUCAGUGCUUUAUUCCUGCUCUUCUUCUCUGCAUUUCUUGUGGCAGACUCUCUCAUCAAUGUAUGGCUCACGCUCACUGUUGCCUCAGUCGAAUUUGGAGUUAUAGGUUUUAUGACCUUGUGGAAAGUAGAACUGGACUGUAUUUCUGUGUUGUGCUUAAUUUAUGGGAUUAAUUAUACAGUUGACAACUGUGCACCUCUCUUGUCAACAUUUGUCCUGGGCAAAGAUUUCACAAGAACUAAAUGGGUAAAGAAUGCCCUGGAAGUGCACGGGGUAGCUAUUUUACAGAGCUACCUCUGCUAUAUUGUUGGUCUGAUUCCUCUUGCAGCUGUGCCUUCAAAUCUGACCCGUACACUGUUCAGGUGCUUGUUUUUGAUAGCAUUAGUCACCUUCUUUCAUUGCUUUGCCAUUUUACCUGUGAUACUGACUUUUCUCCCGCCAUCCAAGAAAAAGAGGAAAGAGAAAAAAACUCCUGAGAACAGGGAGGAAAUUGAGUGUGUAGAAAUGGUAGAUAUGGAUAGCACCCGAGUGGUUGACCAAAUUACAACCGUGUGACUAGUUGUUUAUUUAGUUUUUUUUCCUUUUCUUUAACCCUAGAUUUUACUGAGAGAUGAAAAAUCAUAUUGAUUAUAAAAUGAGGCAUGGAUUUCAUUUGCAAAAUAAAACUAGAAAUACCCAAAGCGAAAGUAAGGGCAAGGGGAGAAAAGAAUUUUGUUUGAAGCCAAUUGAUUGGCCUCUAUAUAAAAAGUGCACAGCAGAAACUUUACAUGCAUUGAAAUAACAAAUUGCAGAUUUCCUUUUCAGUUUGGUUGGUGCCUGAGAUAACUGAAUAGUAAUGGGUUACUAAAUUAUACGUUGCUGUGUUUACCCUGCAGAAUCUGCUGCUUUUGUGGCAGAGUUCCCUCAGAUUGAAAGGUCAACUGUCAAGACUGAAGGAGCAUUGUGUACAUUUUGGACAUACCUUUAGAAAACUUUCAGAACAGCAAUAACUCCAAUGAGUCAGCUAUUAUGGCUCUUAGACAUCCCAUUGAACUUUCCUUUCUAUUUCUUUUUUCUUUUUAUGAAUGGAAACAUAUAUGCAAGUUUGUAAAACAUACAAAAAAGCCAAGCAAAUUAGGGUACAUAAUGGUAAACACAGCAAUCACUGUCACCGCAGGGUUAUGCUGUUGUCGCCUUCCUUUCUGAAUUAAUAGAUGUUUUGAAAUGCAAGUAAUCCCCAGUAUAUUUUAAAUAUAACAUAAUUUUGUAGUGUUUUUUUAAAAGAGAGAGUAUUGAUUAUAUGCAUAAGGCACACAGCCACACAAAUCAUUCUGCUUCUCAGAUAAAAAUCCAUUUUCUGAACAUGUUUCCUCUCAUUGAAGAGAUUCUGUUUACCAGUGUUAUACUUUGUAGCACUAACUUAAACUAUGCGAGAUGAUCUUACAGCAGCCUAAAGAAGGGAUAUCUUAAGCACCUCUGCCAAAAUCCAUGAACAAAACCUCAGUUGCCUAAUUUCCUCAAACAAAUAAGAGCCUUCAUGCCAGGCCACCCACUAGUAAUGCACUCCAAAAGGAUCAAUGAACAGCUUUACAUAACAUGCAACAUAGAUCCUCAUCCCCAAUUCUCUUCAAUAAUCCAUGUUAUAUACAAUAGACACUUGGAAAUGAAUGGGACUACUAACUAAGUGAUGACUUCUGAACAGUGAAUGCUGUGAAGUCCUUUCAAGGCCAUGUUUUAAGCAGCUACCCUAAUGAUGGACCUCAAUAAAGCCACGUCCUGCCCUGAAAAAAUGUCAUUGUUAUGACAUGCCAAAGACAGGCAGGCACCAAUUUUACAGAUAAUGUCCCUGCAGUGAUUUAUGCCAGAGCAGUAGAAAUGUUAAGAAUCUUGUCUCAUUGGUAUAUUUCCUUAUACUAUCUAAAGCAGUGUCAAUAUCUGUGAUAUGGAGAAAACAGUAUUACCUUUCCACAUAUGCACUUUACUACAUACAAGAAGUUAUGAUGGACUUUAAUAAGGGAAUCAGCAACCAAAUCUUAUGCUGCUACUUCAGUUGAUGCAAUGAUUGUGCCACAGCAGAUGUGGGAUGCUUUACCAUGAUACUUUCUCAAAUCCAUGAAAUCCUUAGUACAAGCAGUCAGCAGCUGUGCAGCAUUGCCCCAGUAAUAGGGAGGCAGUCUUGGUCUGCCAGCCCUUUGUACCUAACACCACUGAUCUGCCUCCAUUGCUGUCUUUUACUCAUUCCAUGGUCUACCUUGAAAAAGCCUUUAAGUCAGCAGCUGCGCACAAGCUGUGCUGGAAUAAUCUUGUAGCAGACCCACAAUGGCUCCUGUUAAUCUCACACAUGGUUGAGCUCUAAGAUUGAGGCAAGAUGAGGAGUGGUUAAGCUGACUUGUAUGCUGAUACUGGUUCCUUGUGUAAAUUCCUGUUUGCCAUAGUAGAGAAUAAGACUGAGAUGUUAAUACCACAGUUGAGAACUAAAACACAUUUCUUCUAAUUGAGGGGGAAAAAUAAACCUUCAAACAAAGUUCGAAUGAGCUUUUUCUUCCGUUACUACAGACUGUAUUAUAUACCCAAUGCACAUUCACUCAAAGGACCUGAAGAAUGCAAAAUAUUUUUGAUAGAUGGAAAUACCUUUGAUAGUUCUCACUAAUCAAAUUAGGCUCCAGGUGUUUUCAGUAGCCUGUGGUUUGGACAACCUAUGUAGACAAACACCUAUACCAUUUCAUCAAAAUUCAAACCCAGUAGUACUUAGAAGAUCAACACAAAUGUUUAGGGUAUAAACUUUCACAAGUCAAAGCUCACUUGCUCAGGUAUCUAAUGGUAUUUGACAAACUGAGCUUUGAGUCACGAGAGGUUGUAUCAUGGGAAAUGUUGUUCUUUGAGGUGCUACUGGACUCAAGUAUUGUUCUUCUACUACUGACUAACAUGGUUACCCACCUAUACUAUUUAUGUAAUACACUAGUAAGUUUGAUGCAUGUUUUGUUUAUUUUCAGAGAUACAUCUUAGGCUUUUGUGUGCUUUGCUUUGCUAGAAGAGCCUUUUGUUGCUCUUGAUUGCUAUUGCUGUGUGUGAAAUUGAAGAUGUUUUGUUUCAGUAUAAAAUAUUUUGCCAGACUUUGUAUCCCUGCCAAACCUUUAUCCUUUCCAAAAUGGAAACACACACAAAAUUGCCUCCACUUGGCAAAUUGUUCUUUGCACAGAACUCAGAUGAAUAUAUAGUAGCAACUGGAAGUUGUAAUGCAACUUCAUUCUUGUCAACCAUCAGGGCAGAGGAUGCCAUCUUUCUUUGGCACAGGACAGGCUGAUAACAACAGCAACCAGGCAGACUACUACUCAGGAGAGUACAGUGUUAAUUGAACAGGAUCAUUCCUAUCCAUGCUCGAACUUUGUAGCAAUUCAGUGGUAUCAAUGAAACUUGCAGCUACCUGGACUGGAAAAGGAAUUUGCCCAGCUCACAUUGCUCAUUCAUUUCAGAAGUCAAAGGCCAUGUCCCUAAAAAGCUUUAGCCCCUGAUAUAGAACAAGCUCCUGCACAUGCACAAAAUAUACUGUUAGUGCAAGCCUAUAUUGAGGUUGAGUCUCAGAUACCAGUUGCUGCUCCAAUGAAAGCUCAUCAGUAACAUCAUUGUAAUAUUUUAUGUUAGAAAUUUUAUUUAGAAAAAUCUAGUUUCUAAUAUGAGUUCUCCCCGCUUAGUUUAAAACUGCAGCUGUCUUUUUUUCUGACAAUGUCUAUAAAAUUUGACAGCAAUAUUAUCAUAAAUCUAUUUUUGCAUUAGUUGUGUACUUAGCCUAUCAUAUAUAAAUGGCAUAAAGUGGAAAUUUGUAUAUUCCUACUAUUCUAAAGGAACAGAAUAACCAUGUGUAAGAAAGAAUGGGAUCAUAACAGCAAGCUCUGUCCCUACAUUACAUUGGAACAUUAGAGUCUACAUGGAGAAUCAUGCCUUUCUCUGUUUCAUUGCAGGGUUUCCAAACAGUAUACAUGUAGGCUCUGUGCAUGCAUUUCGGUGAGCACUUCAAAGCACUUCAUAUUGCCAUGUAUUAUGUGAUCUUGUUCAACUUAGAUCAGAUGAUGUUCCAUCAAAACAUUUAUUACUUUAUUGAAUGCAGCUGAUUCACAGUAAUGUGCAUAAGACAGGUUAAACUAAAACAAAACCAAAAAAGUAAAUAAACAUAUGACAUUCCAGCAUAAAAUCAACUAAAAUGUUAAUAGUGCAAUCUUAAGCAGAGUCACACUCUUCUCAGCCUAUUGAUUUCAAUGAAUUUAGAGCGGUUUACACUGUAGGAGUACACUGUAAGAAAGUUAUACCAGCAGCAGCAACUGAAAAAGCAGCAGCAUUUUAAAAACUUUAUGAGACAGGCAAAAAUAACAACUAACUGCAGGGGGGAGGCACACAAUUAAACAAAUUAAUAAACACAAUUAACAAAAAGACAGCUGACUUUAAACAAAAGCCCUGUCUUUGAUGUUCAACAAUGGUACCAAGUACAGAAGACAGAAUUCCAAAUCCAGGGGCAACCACUGAAAAUGUGAUCUCACUUCUGAAGGCAGGGGAUGAAAACAACAGCCUGCAAUAAUGAAUGUUGUGUCCAGGCAGACUACAUGAGAACAAUAUCUAGACCCAAGCCCUAUAAGACACCUUGAAUUGAGGCCAGAAACUAUUAGAUAACUGUCUAGUCCAUAACCUGCUUCAGCUUUCAAUCUUGCUGCUGAAUUCUGGACUAAACUGAUGUGUCCAAACCAUCUUAAAGAGCAGCCACACAUAAAGUAUUACAGUAACUCUGUCACCACUAGCUGGAUCAGACCACUUGAGAAUGGUUCACAACUGGCAAGCUAGCUGAGGUAUUAUGUGCUACAGAUGAAAUCUGAGCAUUCAGCUAUAGAUCUGGAUCUUAUAGAAUCCUAAGCUGGGAACCUGCUCUUUCAGUGAGAGUUAAACUCCAUCCAGAGUAGUAUGUUUCCCAUUCCAUGGUUAGCAGUGGCACCAGUCAACAGUACCCCUGCAAUUUCUGUACUGAGCUUGAAUGCCUCUGCAGUCUUCUCUGGAUUGAUCCAGCCCAAUACCAUAUUCAGAUACUAAUUCAGAACAGCUGAUUCAAAUGCAGUUGUCAUCUGCAGUUAAUUCCACAUCUCCAGUUUAGCAUUUUUGCAUAGCAUUGGGAAGGGGGGAAAUAAUUGAACUUUAUGGAACACCAUGUUAGAACUGUCAAAAAACUGUUUCCAUUAAAAAAAUAGGUGAGAGCCAUCAUUGUCUUCCUAACAAGUUCAGACUUUUCUUGCCUAUGGGGAUUAGGUUUUCUUUGAGUUCAUUCUCAGUUUACAAGCAUUCUGAAUCUCAGGGAAACUGAAGAAAGGAAAACUGGAGCAACAGGAACGGUUUCACCGUUAAUGGCCCAUAUACAAAAUGCAUGCCCAGCAUUUUAUUGGAAACCAUGCAAAUGGGAUGAACUCUAGAGCUCAAAAACCCUGAAAAAACUCUGUCCAGCAAGGAAAAACUGAUCUUUUUCUAAAUACCAACAAUAUAGCUAAACCUGAAAAAACACAAAGACAUGUAAAAGUUUGAUGUUUGAACAAAAGGUUUCAGAAUGUCUUUUUAUCCUGUGAGGGUAUACAACUAGACUGGAUGCAGAAGUAUUAGGGGUUUUUGAAGAGAUGUUUUGUGUUCUUCAGCACUGCCUGUUUUGGUUCACCUGCCAAUAGGUUAACACUAUUCCAGACAAUUAUUUGGCUCCUUUAGGAAAACAGACACAAAUCUAUUUUUAAAUAUUUCAUUUUAUCUGUGAAAAUUUGGAAUAAGCUGUGAAAAUACACUUUGAGCAAUUUUCUGGGAGCUAAAGUCUUGGAAGAAACAUAUAUACAAGCCUCUGAAGAAAAAACAAAUUUUGGCAUAUGCAGUUACUUAUGUGAUAUGAUUCUGAUUGAGAGAUUAAAAGCUACACAGACUACUGUAUGUUUGUUGCAUGAGUCAGUACAUGCCAAGAAUACAUGCUAAAGUCUGAGAGUGUGACUACUGGAUACUUGUUUUCACACAUACUGAGCACACACAUACAUGUGAACCUGCCUUGUACUGUCUCAGACCAUUGGUUUUCCAAGGUCAGCAUUGCCUAUUCUGACUGGCAGCAGUUCUCCAAGGUUUCAGGCAAAGAUCUUUCACAUCACCUUUUACUUGUUUUAUUUUA